AUGCUAAAAAUAUUAAGUAAAAUAACUGUUGGAGGACAGAUUAAUAACCAAAUAGAAUUAGGAUUAGAUAAAUUAAAAUUAGAUAAUAGCAUAGCAGAAGGGUAUUUAGAUAAACUUGACUCAACAAAAUUAAAUCAAGACCUCUUUGAGAAUCAACAUUUUUAUAGUAUAAUUAUUGGGGAGUUAAAUGAAGGUGAACACUUAAAAUAUAGGAUUGAUGUGGAACAACUUGAAAAUGUGACUGUUGAUGUUUUUGCAAUUAGUGAAGGAACACUAUCAAAUGAUGAAUUGCCAAUAGUUUCUUUAGAACAUUCUAAUAAUGGUGAAAGUAGUUCAGAUAAUGAUCAUAAUGAUAGCGCAGAAGAAAAUGAUAAUAUAAUUGAAACAAUUGAUCUUUCUGCUGCGGAAGACUGA